AAUUCUCAAUCGUACGCUCCACACCAUGAGCUAUUGGUGUUCCUUAGGUCACAAAACACAAAUUGGGGAUUAGGGUUUUCUUUCUCUCUCUAUUUGUAUAUGUCAUCGAAUUGAUCGAUGGAAAUGGAUUAUGUAACGGAGUAUCCACAUUCUUAUAUGGAUCGUCGUCCUAAAAAACGUCCUAGAUUGGAUUGGGAUCCUUCUCAUACUCCCAAGGCUCAGUCGGGAAUAUAUUAUGGGCAAGAAGUUGGCAAUUCAUCGAGCUAUGUGCAUUCAAGAUUACUACCCGAUCAUGAUAAUUUAUAUGUAAAAGGACUGGCUCAAAAAGGCUCUCCCCCACGGCGAGAUGAUGACAAAGAUGGACAUUACAUGUUUGAGCUUGGAGAGAAUUUAACGACUCGCUAUAAAAUUCUCAAAAAGAUUGGUGAAGGUACCUUCGGUCAAGUUCUAGAAUGCUGGGACAGAGAGCAAAAGGAAUUUGUUGCCAUCAAAAUUAUCCGAAGUAUAAAGAAGUAUCGUGAAGCAGCAAUGGUAGAAGUUGACGUGCUUCAGUUGCUAGGGAGAUAUGAUAGGGGUGGAAGCCGUUGUGUCCAAUUACGGAACUGGUUUGAUUAUCGUAACCAUAUUUGCUUAGUGUUUGAGAAGCUUGGGCCAAGCUUAUUCGAUUUUCUACGGAAAAACAGUUAUCGCGCAUUUCCAGUUGAUCUAGUUCGUGAAAUUGGGAGGCAAUUGUUGGAAUGUAUAGCAUUCAUGCAUGAUAUGCGUCUCAUCCAUACGGACCUUAAGCCCGAGAAUAUACUCUUUGUUUCCGCCGACUACAUAAAAGUGCCCGACUACAAGGGUACACCAUGGUCACACAGAGACAGAUCAUUUUAUAAAAGGUUACCAAAGUCAAGUGCUAUCAAAGUAAUCGACUUUGGCAGCACUGCUUAUGAACGACCAGAUCACAACUAUAUUGUGUCUACACGACAUUACCGUGCACCUGAAGUUAUUCUUGGCCUUGGAUGGAGCUACCCGUGCGAUUUAUGGAGCGUGGGAUGCAUCUUGGUAGAACUAUGCUCGGGUGAAGCUUUAUUCCAGACACACGAGAAUUUGGAGCACCUGGCCAUGAUGGAAAGAGUUUUGGGUCCAUUACCAUCACAAAUGUUAAAAAAAGUGGAUCGACAUGCAGAGAAAUAUGUAAGGAGGGGUAGAUUAGACUGGCCUGAAGGUGCCACUUCCCGAGAGAGCAUAAAAUCUGUGAUGAAGCUGCCUCGUCUUCAGAAUUUGGUGAUGCAGCAUGUUGAUCAUUCAGCUGGUGAUCUUAUAGACCUUUUGCAAGGUCUCCUUAGAUUCGACCCGUCUAUCAGAAUGACGGCUCGUGAUGCCCUAAGGCAUCCCUUUUUCACCAGGGACCAAUUCCGGAGGUUAUAAGGGGAUGCAUUUUGGUUUGUCAUCACUCCUGCAUCAGUUGUUCAUACCUGUAUUGUUGUCUCAAGGCAUCGAGUUAUUUGGCAUUUCUACGAGAAGAGAAUAUAGUUAGUGAAGUUAUGUGCCUCGUUUGAGGAGAACUUGUAUGUAUGAUGCUUGAGAGAAUGUCCUCUUUCACCCAUCUCUCAAGAAAUUCUAUUGUUGUGGCCGUCUCAUUUUUGUUCAGAACCUUUGCCUUCUGCAAUAAGAUAAUUAUAUUGAUGUCCAA